GCUGCAGAGCGGGGACGAGCCUUCAACAGCAGCCUCUUAUUUCUCCCUACAGUAACCCUGUAACGCACACGGACAGUCAUGUGACGGUCAUAUAGUACAACUCAGCAAGCGCUCAGUCCAGUCUGAACGCUGCUGCUGCUGCAUGGCGAGUCUCAAGGGCAAAACCUGCUCAGGCAACAGACUGCCCCGUCGGAUGCAACGGAUAAAAAUAUUACUCCCCGCGCCUUUUGCAUUGGGAUUACAUUUGCUUUGAGAGAACAAGACAUACUGUAUCCUGGCUGGAGACCUUGGAUUGUAAGAGUGUUUCCCAGACGCUUACUUUUUCCACCCUCAGAGUGAACGGCAGGUGUUUCACUAUCUCACCCGAGUGGGAGGUGUGGCCUUGGUGACCUGGGUUUGUUUGGCCUAACUUUCCCAGCAGUACAAGGAAUAAUUCUCUUACUAAUCAUCCUAAACACAGACUCCGAGUCCAACAAGGAGACAGCCGUUUGGCACUAUCCAGGGAUGGUAGAUAACUCCCCAGUUAGCGAGGGGACUUUUCUUCCUUACAGUGGGUCUCCAUCCGCCUACCGGCUGUCAGACAUGGUGACAGACCUGGGCUCCUACCAGGUGACGCCGUCACCAUUUUCAGAGGAUGACUUGAGUGAGUCGUCCAGCCCUCGUUCCUGUUCCAGCCCAGACUCCCAGGUGCUCAGCUCCAGCUACGGCAGCAACUCUAGUGCUGAGAGCCAGGACAGCAUCCUGGAUCACCUGCUGUCCCAGGCCUCUUUAGGAGGUGUCAGCAGUGUGCCGGCAGGGUCUGUGGCACCUAUACCAUUAUCCACUUUCCUCUGGGAAUCACGGAGGGAUGAGCCCUCCAAACGUGAGCCAAUAAAGGAAGAAAAUUUUGACUUCCUCACCUGGUCCAAUGUGGAGACAGAGGAACAACUUGGAGGGUCCUUUCAGCCCACACUGGAAGAGAUCGAAGAAUUCCUGGAGGAGAAUAUGGAGGUGGUAACGAUGAAGCAGGAGAUCCGAGAGGGUUGUCUGGGGUUGGGAGUGGGACUGGAGGAGGCUCUUGGUCUAGAAGUUGGCCUGGAGUGGUGCAGGGAGGCCUCCCAUGAACCUAAGCUAGAGCCAGAGGCCAAGUGUUUAGACCAAACUGUCCCCACCGCCAGCACUGCUGGCCUGGCCACUGCUGCCUCCAGUGAGACCAAAACUACAUCAGUUAACCCCACACAUGAAUCCAGCACAGGGGCCAAGAAGGCAUCAGCAGACAGUGGCACAAACAGUAGUGGGAUGCCGGUCAUCCUACAGAUUCAACCCCUUCAGAUCAAGCAGGAGCCCACAGUAGCUCCUCUUACCUCAGUAGCCCAGCCCCAACAGCCUGCCCCAGCCUCAGACAUUAAAAUUGCGCAGCUACUGGUCAACAUCCAAGGUCAGACCUUUGCUCUGGUGCCCCACAUCCUGCCCUCCCCCAGCCUUAACGUCUCCUCUAAGUUUGUACGCAUUGCUCCUGUCCCAAUUGCUGCCAAGCCUCUUGGGCUUGAGGAGAGCUCAGCCAGCCAGGGAUCAGGGAUUCUUGUUGGAGGUCAAAAGUUCCAGAAGAACCCGGUGGCGGAUCUUAUCAAAAUGCACAAAUGCACUUUUCCUGGCUGCUCCAAGAUGUACACCAAGAGCAGCCACCUGAAGGCCCACCUGAGGAGGCACACGGGGGAGAAGCCUUUCGCCUGCAACUGGCAGGGCUGUGGAUGGAGGUUUUCACGAUCGGACGAGCUGUCUCGACACCGACGGUCCCACUCGGGUGUCAAGCCCUACCAGUGUCCAGUGUGUGAGAAGAAGUUCGCCCGCAGUGACCACCUGUCAAAACACAUCAAAGUCCACCGUUUUCCACGAAGCAGUCGGACAGUUCGCUCAGCAAACUGACGCCCCGCUCGGAUCACUCGUAUCACUGGGAAUGCUGACAUCACUAUCAGACAUAGGCCGUGGGAGCAAGGUGUGAGUGUGAACGUAAGGGUGUGUGCACAAAUGUUUGCGCUUUCAUCAAGCAAAUUCAAAUUUGCUUGAUGAAGCACGCCUUGCUUUUUGUUUCAGCAGUCUGUGAUUGCUCUAAUUUAUUGUACAAAAGUAAACCAACACAGUUACCAUCCUGUAAUCAGCUAAAGAUUGUUGUUGCUGUUGGUGCUUUGGUAUGUUGUACACCUUAUGUUUGUUCUGUCCUUAUCACCUGCCUCAGCAGAAGAUAAGAUAAACUUAUUUUCAUUCAGUCUGGAUUAUGUGAUAAUUUUGGUAAUAGCCUUGCAUGUCCAUUCUAUCUGGAUAAAAACAACUGCCUUUUAUCUUCCUGAAAGCUGCCAGUGUCUUGGACAUUCCUGAUCUUAUGCAAUGUUUAGGAAGUCAGAGUGAAGUUCAUUCGGAUCCUCAUUACUCUUCCUGGGGUCCACAGAGGUUUCUCCUGUGAGGUUUCUCUGAUAACUUUGUCCUAGUUUUUGCUGCCUUGCACCACAGUUCAUUGACAGUACGGUUGAAGAAUACCUUUAAUUAUUCAACUUGGCGUUGAUGCACAGGAAGAGACCUCUUCUAAUAUGUGGACAUAACAAAGUAAGGGAAAUCUCACGAUAAGCUACCGGGACUCCUCUCAUCACAUUUUACAGCAACUUUGUGAACCUGCUGAGACACAGGGAGGAGGAAAAUGACAGAGCAACACAAGAAAUGCAAAAGUGAAACACAACUAAAAGGUUAAGUGCACAGUGAUUGUUAAAUAGGCCUUCUGAUCAGUGUUACAUGACCUUUUUUCGUUGUUUUAUUAAGCUAAGUCAUGUGUACGUACUUGCUGGUCUUCUAUUUUUUUCUUGCUUUUCUGGCCUUACAGUACCACAAAAUCCUUACUGGAGAGCCAAAUGAUUUGGGAAAAGGCUUUUCAGUUAUCCAUAUUUUAAUAAGAAGUAAAGUGACUGUUAAAAAGGUGUCAUAAUAAGGCCCAUGUCAGUCAGCACAUAGCCACAGAACUGAAUGUCUCAGUCUGCUAUUAUUAUUUGAACUAUUAUUUUGCUGACAACUCGACACAAAAUCUGCCUCAACUCUGCUUUAUCUGUUACUGGAGACACCCUGAUCGCCUUUGACCUCAGCUGGCAGUUAUGUUAUGUUGAGGUGACACACUACACACCUUGGUGCUGAACUAUCAGGAGGAUGAGCUUCUGUAUGUAUCUGUAAUUGUAGUCACAACUUCCCUUUUGAGGCCAUCACACGUUCUAAUGCCCUAACUGUUCUCAAACAUAGUUUGCUAUGUGUACCACGCCCCGCUGUGAAUAUGUAGGGGUGUGACAAUGCCGUCCGUGUGUGAUUCAUGUAUGUGAAGAGACAACAAGCAGGGGUACACUACGUUGUACAUCAUUCCUUUCAUUCAAUUUAUGAAUUUUUAAUGCUUGUGUGAACACAGGUGUUUUACCGCAUCCUAUGAAUGUAUGUAAAUAUGCAGGAGUGUACAUCGCUGCAUCCAGGAAACACACAGAGACUAUUCUGAUACCAUAUCUUAAAACAAAUCAGUGGUUGUGAAGAUUUCUAGUGUCAACCCUAAAUGUGUACAUAACGUAAUGUUUCAGUACAUAUGAAUAUAUUAUAUAUAUAUUUUCUUUGUUCUAUCCAAGAUGCAUUUACAAAUAAAACUGAAAAGAAACAACCGUGUAAGCUAAGUUUCUCCAAGGAAAUGAAUGUGCCUGUGGUAAGUUGUUGAUCUACAGUAUAAAUACAUGGUGAUUGUCCUUUAUCUGCUGUAUCUACAUGGUGAAAUAAAGGACCUGACCUCA